AUGUCAAAAAGAAUUAUCACUCUUACCUGGAGCAAUGUUGCUGUCGGAAAUGAGCGCAAUCUUGAUGAGCUAGUUACAAAAUUCAGACGACUUGACCAGUCCCCCUCGAGGCUGACCAUAGUGUGUUCGAAGCUUGAGAGAGCGAGACAGCGAGGCGAGGGGCUCCCCACCACGAUCACACCAUCACUCUCCCCUCCACCUCUACACCACCGGUGUCCCCUCUACACUACCGGUGUUAAUGAUGGCAGCUUUCCGUCACACUCCCUUGACCUUCGUCAGGAAAAUCGCUCGUGGCGGCGGGAAAGAUACUGGGGAGUCCCUCUGUGUGCCAUUGAUUGUGAGCUUUGGUUUACUGCGUGUGCCAACGAUGUCACUUGCACAGACAAUUGGACCAACAAUUUCAGGUGGUUGAAUAUGACGGGUGAUUGCCCAACAAAAGGAAGCUGCUUGACAAAUUACUGCCCCGUAAAUUCUACCUGUCAAACAUUUAAAGAAAUCUAUAGGACUGCCCGGAACUUCUGUGAAAAGGUGUGGGACAAUGCUUGGAAAUAUGCUGAACCGACAACACCAUGUAUGCACCUACAGUUCAACCAAUCUGCCAUCAAUCCAAAUGAUGCUGUUGCUCUACAUUAUACACAGAUUAUAGCUGGUUCCCAGAUGCACAGCUGCAACCUAAUGUGGUUUAGUAUACAACUUGCUGUUUGGGCAUUUAUCAAUAGAAUAUUGACAGUUGCAUCCUAGACUUGACUUGUUGCCAUAGUUUAUUAAUUAACUCUUUACUUUUGACUAUAAACUUGCCCUUGCUGAGGGGAAACGAUUCUAUUAAAAUGUUUACAAAGAAAAAAAAAUUCCGAGUGUAAUAUCCUGAUCACAUGAGUAAUAAUGUGCUGUAUUCUGGUUCUGCCCUUGUGCCUUGUCUACCUCUAUUAAAUUAUCUGAAAUGUGCCAGAAAUAAAAUGCUUCUUUAUUUCUAUCAGACAUCACCCAAUGAAAUUUUGGUAGAUUCUCAACCACAUUGGAGUUGUCAAACUUGCAGCCAAGGCCAUUUUACUUGUUCUGUUUCUCACGUCCCCUCUCCCCCUUAAAAAAAAGUUAGUUUGGAAAUCUGCCCAGUCAUGUUCUGUGAAUGUUGGCAAGGUCGUGGGCUUUGUUAAAACUAACAAACUGCACACCAUCUCUUUUUCUUGUAUAGUCUUUAAUAUUCUUUAAUAUAGUCUUCUUUAUUCUUUAGUAUUUUAGUAUUCUUCUUUAUUCUUCUUCUAUUCUUUAGUAUAGUCUUUAACACUUUCGCGCUCUCCGCAAAGGUCACUCAGCC